AUGAGCACGCCGACGUCGGUCCAGAAGACCACCAUGUCGGUGCGUCCGUCCUCCAGCCAGAGGGUCUCGGUCAGCUGGGAUGAGCCCGAAAACAGCGUGAGCCACCGGGCUGCCCGUCUGCAGUUUGAAGUUGCCGAAUGUGUCGAGACCAAGACCGUCACCACCACCACGACAACGAAGCGAUCCUAUCCGCCCUUCUUUGUCAAAGAACCCAGGUCUCUCCAGUCAUUAGAUACCAAGGAGUACCCCCUUGCCGCGAGACCGACACCGCCGGAACUCUCCAAUUUUACUGUCGAUCUUGGUGACCUCGAUAUCGAGCCUAGUUGGUUUGAUAGCUCUUUCGAGGACGAACGGUCGAUUGAAGAGAGCGUGGCUGAAAAGACCCUCGAUUUCGCCGAUGCACCGGCUCGUUCUGGCCUCGACACACCGAUGGCCGACCCUUCCUCGCAACACGAAAAGCGCGUGCCUACCGAUUCCUCAACCCGCAAGUCGAGCCGUCUGAGCCUCCGGACCACCACCUCCCCGAGCCUGGCCGCCAGCAAACGAUCUACCCGUGCCAGCAGUCUUGCACACUCCCGUGCCGUCUCGGAUAAGCUCCGUCGGGCGGUUGCCAGGAGAGAUGUUGACCGGACUGGUAGAUGUGCACCGGAUUCCUAUCUGGCCACGCCAGACACCACAGAGACUGUACCAGUCCUGGAACGGCCAUCCAGGCUGAGGUCGCUGCCGCUCGAUAGAAAUGUGAAUACGGCGGCUUCUUCCGCCAGCCAAGCCAACUCUGCUUACGAGGCAGCGAGCCCUGCCGGGAGCGAUACGCAUACCAUCUUUAGCAGCGCGGUGGCCACCCCUCCUAUCACGGAUGCUGACGCCGAACCUUUCGCCGAGCCGGAAGAUUCCCUCCCGAAUGCAGGCCUUGGCCCCAGUCAGACCCGGCCUACCAUCAACACGGUCGCUGCCCAGGAUGCCACCCUCCCUAGUCCCCGACUGUCGCCCACGUUGGCCGCCGCUCAACUGCAACCCUUCCAGCAGGCUGAGGAAGAGGACGAAGAGGACGAGGCUGACGAGUCGACAUACUCUCACGGCCUUGAUCACCGCCACCACCAGCAGUACCUAGACGAGUCGCAAUCGACGGUAGAGGCCGAGUCUAUGGAACUCAUCCUCCCCGAAGAUCGUUUCCGGCCCCGACGGACGCAGACACAGCCCACGAGCAUCUUGAACACGCGGGCCAUGCUGGAGAGCUUCGAUGCCAUGCCGAACGAGGUCAAGACUUUUCUCAUGUACCAGAUGCUCCGGAGAUGUCCCCGAAAGACGCUGCACAUGGUGGCUGAUGUCGUCAACCCGGCUCUCAAGUGCGACUUCCUCAAGCAGCUUCCCACGGAGCUGAGUCUCCACGUGCUCUCUUAUUUUGACCACCGCGAUCUCUGUCGAGCUGCUCAGGUCUCAAAACAUUGGCGUAAUAUCGUCGAUAGUAACGAGACUGGCUGGAAAGAACUGUUCGAUCGAGAUGGCUUCGAGCUCUCUCCUGGCGAGCUCCAGCGAGCCAUUACCCAGGGCUGGGGCUGGCAGGACCCCGAUGGACCAGAGGGGUGUGAGAUAGAUCUCAGCAUGCAUAACCGCCUGACAUCGACCGAAUCGGAGCUCAUCCGGUCUUCUAAGACCGAGGUUGCCAGCAAGCAGCGAUCGUCCAAGCGUAAGCGCGGAUUCAACCAGUUCUCCAAUUCCGAGCGAUCCAAGCGACGCACCAGCACUCAAGAACAACCAAAGGAUGACAAGCCGUUCGGCGUCAUGAAGAUGCACAAGUCAGAGGGACCCAUCUCGGCAGCCAGCGCCGCUGCCAUCGCCGUGCCCGAUCCUCCCAUCGGCCUCCCCAGUCUGAGAAAGCUUCACCUGUUCAAAUCGCUUUACCGGCGCCACUACAUGAUCCGACAGAGCUGGACCAGCGGCAAGGUCAAGCCCAGUCAUGUCGCCUUCGCGGCCCACCCUCGCCAUGUCAUUACUUGCCUACAGUUUGACGAAGACAAGAUCAUCACCGGAUCUGACGACACCUUGAUUCACGUCUAUGACACCAAGACGGGCAAGCUCCGCAGGAGACUUGAAGGCCACGAGGGCGGCGUCUGGGCACUGCAGUAUGAAGGAAAUGUGCUGGUCUCCGGCAGUACCGAUCGCUCUGUUCGUGUCUGGGAUAUCGAGAAGGGACUCUGCACUCAGGUCUUUUACGGACAUACCUCGACCGUGCGAUGCUUGCAGAUUCUGAUGCCGACUGAUACGGGCAAAGUCAAGGACGGAAAGCCGGUCAUGAUGCCACCAAAGCCCUUGAUCAUCACCGGAUCCCGCGAUAGCCAGCUGCGCGUCUGGCGCCUACCUGAGGCGGGCUCGAGGCGAUACAUCCAGACCGGUAUCCCGGCACAAGAGUCUGACUGCCCCUACUUCAUUCGGAUUCUGGCCGGACACACCCACUCGGUCCGUGCCAUUGCGGCACACGGCGAUACGCUGGUCUCUGGCAGCUACGACAGCACCGUGCGCGUCUGGCGCAUCAGUACUGGCGAAGCUCUCCAUGUUCUGCAUGGCCAUAGCCAGAAGGUCUACAGCGUCGUCCUCGACCACAAGCGAAACCGUUGUAUCUCUGGUUCUAUGGAUUCGCUCGUCAAGAUCUGGGAUCUCGACACCGGCGCUUGUCUGCAUACACUCGAGGGCCAUUCCCUCCUGGUUGGUCUUCUUGAUCUGCGCGAUGAGCGGCUGGUCUCUGCGGCUGCUGACAGCACCUUGCGGAUCUGGGAUCCGGAGACUGGCAAGUGCAAGAGUACACUGAUGGCUCACACCGGCGCCAUCACCUGCUUCCAGCACGACGGGCGCAAGGUCAUCUCUGGCAGCGAGAAGACGGUCAAGAUGUGGGAUAUCCAUACCGGAGAAUGCAUCCAAGACCUCUUGACCGAUCUGAGUGGGGUUUGGCAAGUCAAGUUUGACGGCAGGCGCUGUGUCGCUGCCGUUCAGCGAGACAGCCUUACCUACGUAGAGAUUCUCGACUUUGGCGCUGUGCGCGAUGGCAAACCACCAGAGGAACUCGGCAAGCGUAUCCUUCUCAACGCCCCUGAGGUGCAGGCUCUUAUGGAGGAGGACCUGUGA